AUGAUGAUGAGAUUUAUAAAAUUGAUUCAUCGAAAGGAGAAUCAGGAGAUGAGAGUGAUGUUUCAUUUAGUUAAAUUAAAUUAGAUUUCAAAUAAAGCAAACCAAAAUUAACAAUAGAAAAGAAAUUAAGAAUAUCUACUUGUCCAGUAAAAUCAGCUUCUUAUGCUACUAAUUUAUUAAAAUAAAGUAUUAUCAAUCAUGUAUUAUUUAAGUGAUAUCUAAAUUCAAUAUUAAUUAGAGAACUGGAUUAUAUCAAUAAAGUAAUAUCCUCUAAAAUUAUCAAGAAUUGAUUAUGAAAAUUCCAAAUACUAUUUAAAAUACUCCUCUUCAUGUACAUAUGUAUGAAAAUAUUGUUGCACAUUAUGGUUAAUCAUAAUAUAGUGAUGCUUAUAGAUAUAUGAGAACAAUAUAGAGUUUUUUAUUUUUUAAACAAAAAGCAGUACUUGUCAAUUAGUGGUUAAGUUUUUAUAAGGCUUAUUGUUAAGUUUUCGUAUACUAAUUUCAUUUGAUAAGUUUUCUUAAUAAUAUUAAAUUAUGAUGACUAUCUAACUUAAAAGCUGAACAUGAUAUCUAGGAUCUUAAUUUAUAUCUACAAAUAGUUUAAUCAUUAUAAGAAUUUCCAAGUAUUUCAUACUCAAAAUUCAUUGAUACAUUACUCAAAUGGUUUUCUGAUUCUGAUAAUAAGGAAAAUAAUUCAUAUAAUUUUAUUUAAAAUACAAGGUUUUUUUAAUUCUUACUCUUUUUCAAUAAAAUUUAUUUUCAAUCUAUAUUCUUACUGUAAUAAGUACUCUCAAAGUGAAAUUGAUAAUAUUAUAUAUGAUAUUUCCACAUCAGAAGUAUCUUAUAUGUAGAGUUAGUAAGGACCAUUUGAUUAUGAUAUCUUAAUGUACUAGUUUUUAGAGAUUUUCAAAAAAUACAAAAUUCGUACAUCUAUUAAAUAUAAUUAUCUCUAUACAUCUAUUGAUCUAAUUAAUAAAGGAAUUGUUGACUUUUAGUAAUGGAAUUUCUAAUAUGAAGUUUUAUGUUGCAUCAACUAUUCAUUUUCAAUUAGACUUUUCUACUAAGAAGCUGAUUACUGUGUAGAUAAUGGAAGGAUGAUUUCAAAAUAAAGAUUUACAUUAGUUUGUGAUGAAUGA